GCUAGCUCUUGGGGUCAGCCCAGCCCUGUUAAGGCGGUGCCAAGGCCCCAGGUGGCAAGAGUGGGCGGGGCACCUGCCUAGGCUCCCCUGGCUCGGACAGCCCAGCCUCACUCCACACAUCUCUCAGCCCUUGUCAUCUCUGCCUUUGCUGUCUCCUUCAAAACCUCAGGCUGGCUACCUCCGACGCCCCCGACGCCAUGGAGGAGUGGGAUGUGCCCCAGAUGAAGAAGGAGGUGGAGAGCCUCAAGUACCAACUGGCCUUCAAGAGGGAGAUGUCAUCCAAGACCAUCCCCGAGCUUCUCAAGUGGAUCGAGGAUGGGAUCCCUAAGGACCCUUUCCUGAACCCCGACUUGAUGAAGAACAACCCUUGGGUAGAGAAGGCCAAGUGUACCAUCCUAUGAGCCUGACCCACACUCUGUGUAAGGUGUGACUUUAUAAAUAGACCUCUCCAGGU